AUGCAAAGUAAGGAUGUGAUCAUAUUAAGUAAGUCUACCAAUCCCUUCGAUUCUGACUGUGAAAUACCAGCAUCUCAGCUAGCACCGUCGGUAGAAAAAAAGAAGCAAAGGAAGAAGGUUGUCGACAAAACAAAGAAACGGACAAAGACCAAUGCUCUGGAUGUAAAAUCCAGCUUUAUUGGGUCCGAGACGGAGUCGGAUGUUGAUUUGUCAGCGCCAUCGACAUCAAGUAAAAAAAGGAAGCAGACGGAUUCAGAGAACGAGCUAGAACUCGGCGGUGAACCCCUCCGAGCGGCUGCGUUGCGGAGCUUCUUAUCAAGACGUAGCGGUUCCGGUUAUACACUCUAG